AUGGGAAAAAGAAAUAUUGUAUCGUGUGCCGCGUGUAGGUCGAACCGCAAGAAAUGCUCGGAAGAAUGUAUUUUCGCUCCUCAUUAUCCUCCCGAUGAUCCACAGAAAUUCUCUGUGGUGCACAGCGUGUACGGAACCAGCAAUAUCAGCAAACUGCUUCAAGGCAUUGAAGGUGCAGAAAGAGCAGAUGCAGUAAAUAGCAUUGUGUAUGAAGCGAGAGAAAGGGUGAAGGACCCCGUGAAUGGGUUUGUAAAAGAUGUUCAUCAACUGCUCCAACAAUUUGCCGAUCUGAAAUCCCAACUGGAGGUCACACAAACAGAACUAAAUCAUAUGCGGUCCGAGUAUGAUAAUCUUGUAUCGAUUCUGGGCGCUGGAUCUUUUGUAUAUCCAACAAAUGCCACAUCACAAGCAAGGGAAGACAUUAUGUUUGAGGAGGUGGAUCCCUCGCUAUCAGACAAAGUAAACUCAAGUGCUUUCUAA